AUGGGGAGCGGGGGUGAGAGGGGGGAGGUGGGUAAAGAUGGGGAGGGGGGGGGGGACAUUCCUCAUCUCCUCCCUCUCUCCUCUUCCCCUCCUCCCCCCUCGCUUUCUCCUCAUCUCUCCCUGCUCUUUCCGCACAUCUUCCUCAUCUUCUUACCCCUGACCCCUCAUCUCCCCUCCGCAUUCCCCCCAUCUUUUCCCGCUCUCCUCUCAUCUCCCCUCCGCAUUCCCCUCAUUUUUCCCCGCUUCUCCCCUCCGCAUUCCCCUCAUUUUUCCCCGCUUCUCCCCUCCGCAUUCCCCUCAUCUUUCCCCGCUCUCCUCUCAUCUCCCCUCCGCAUUCCCCUCAUCUUUCCCCACUCUCCUCUCAUUUCCCCUCCACAUUCCCCUCAUCUUUCUCCGCUCUCCUUCCAGUUCGCCAAUCGUCUCCCCCGAUCUCCACUCUCUCGGCUCCCCCCACCUCUCAUUCCUCCCCAACUUACCCCUCAUUUUUCUUUCGACCUCCCGUCAUCCCUCCGCCAUUCCCUGCUCCAUUUUCUCCCCUCAUCUCCCCGUCGCACCCCUCAUCUUACCCCGUCCUCCUUUCACCCAUCUGCUCUCCCCCCCUCAGCCCUCCUUUCCCUUCCAAUCACCCCCAUUUCCCCCACCACCCCCCAUCCCCGAUCAUCUCCACCCCCGCUCACCCCUCAUAUUUCACCCCACCCACCCCCUCACCCUCCUCCCCCUCUCCCCCCUUCCACCAACUGA